AUGUCUCGGCCGGACGAGACACUGGCAGCCGCCGCCGCACUUCUACGUGGACUGGCUAAAGACUCGACCGCGAAUUCCACCUAUGCCAAUGGCUUGAAGCUUCCACCGUACACGCUUCCAGGGGAGGACAGUGCGUCGAAAACCGAACUGGAAGCCGAGAUAGCUGCUUUGGCACGGCGGAUACAUUAUCUCGAAGCGAGAGCUGAUGUCGUUAGUCGCUCGCUACCGGACACCCCUGGCGAAUUCCAGAGUCCUGCCUCGCCCUUAUCUCGCCCGAGCGAGCCUCGAAAUGCAGCGGUGGAACAAUACCAUGAUCAGACUGCGCCCGCUCCUGAACGGACGAACCAGUCAAGGCGUGUCAACAGUCUUCUUGCGGCCCGAGAGUCUCUCGGUCCUUCAGGACCUGGCCGUACUGUGAGCGAGGACGAUAUAGGCAUACUUCGAGAGCAUGUCGAGAAACAGGCGGAACAAAUCAAGAGCCAACGUGAAACAAUUGCAGAGAUUAGCCGUGGUCUGCGAAAUUCUGAAGAACAGGCCAAACAAGCAUUCAUCCGGGUGGAAAAUGAGGAUGUUUCUAUCUUAGAGAGGGAGCUUCGAAAACACCAACAAGCCAACGAAGCUUUCCAGAAGGCAUUACGUGAGAUUGGUGGAAUCAUCACCCAGGUUGCUAACGGCGACUUGUCCAAACGUGUCCAGAUUCAAGCCACCGAAAUGGACGACGAGAUUGCUGCCUUCAAGGUCACCAUCAACACCAUGAUGGACCAGCUCGAGAUCUUCGGAAGUGAAGUCACCCGGGUAGCACGUGAGGUCGGCACUGAAGGUAUUUUGGGUGGUCAGGCUCAAAUUAGUGGCGUACAUGGAAUUUGGAAAGAGCUGACUGAUAACGUGAAUAUCAUGGCGGCCAAUCUCACAAGUCAGGUCAGAGAAAUCGCCACUGUCACCAAAGCUGUGGCUCGAGGUGAUUUAAGUCAGAAAGUGCAGAGUCGGGCAAAAGGAGAAAUAUUCGAACUACAGCACACAAUCAAUACCAUGGUGGACCAGCUACGGACAUUCGCCACGGAAGUUACACGUGUCGCUCGAGAUGUCGGCACCGAGGGUGUCCUGGGUGGACAGGCUCAAAUUGAUGGGGUUCAGGGCACCUGGAACGAAUUAACCAAGAGCGUGAAUGCCAUGGCAGACAACUUGACCACCCAAGUGCGAGACAUCGCCAUGGUCACCACCGCUGUCGCCAAAGGUGACCUUACUAGGAAGGUGACAGCCAGUUGUAAGGGUGAAAUUCUCCUGCUAAAGAGCACCAUCAACAACAUGGUCGAUCAACUGCAACAAUUUGCGCAGGAAGUCACCAUCUUGGCCAAAGAAGUUGGGACAGACGGUGUUUUGGGUGGCCAGGCAACGGUUCAUGAUGUCGAAGGCACGUGGAAAGCUCUGACGGAAAAUGUGAACGGUAUGGCGAUGAAUUUGACGACUCAGGUCCGCGAGAUCGCCGCCGUCACAACCGCGGUCGCCAAUGGAGAUCUCUCGAAAAAAGUCACUGCCGACGUACAGGGCGAGAUUCUUGACCUCAAAAUCACCAUCAAUUCAAUGGUUGACAGGUUGAAUACUUUCGCUUUCGAGGUCAGCAAAGUCGCAAGAGAGGUGGGCACAGAUGGCACUCUUGGUGGACAGGCCAAAGUGGACAAUGUACAGGGCAAAUGGCGAGAUCUCACCGACAAUGUCAACACCAUGGCUUCAAACCUGACUGACCAGGUCCGGAGCAUUUCCAACGUGACACAGGCUAUUGCAGCAGGGCAUUUGGACAAGAAGAUCGAGGUCCAGGCCCAGGGCGAGAUCCUGACAUUGAAAGUCACAAUCAACAACAUGGUAGACCGAUUGGCCACUUUCGCCCAUGAAGUGAGGAGAGUCGCCCGCGAUGUGGGCGUCAACGGCAAGAUGGGUGGCCAAGCCAAUGUGCACGAUGUCAGUGGUCGGUGGAAAGAAAUCACCGAGGACGUCAAUACUAUGGCCGAGAAUCUUACUGCUCAAGUUCGUGCCUUUGGAGAGAUCACGGAUGCAGCAACUGAAGGCGAUUUCUCCAAGUUGAUCAGUGUCAACGCAUCUGGGGAGAUGGACGAGCUGAAACGCAAAAUCAAUCAGAUGAUUUCUAACCUGAGAGAUAGCAUCCAAAGAAACACCGCCGCUCGAGAGGCUGCCGAAUUGGCAAACCGGACAAAGUCCGAGUUUUUGGCAAAUAUGUCCCAUGAGAUCAGGACUCCAAUGAAUGGGAUCAUUGGCAUGACUCAACUCACCCUUGACACAGACGACCUCAAGCCCCACUCGCGAGAAAUGCUCAACACGGUGCACAACUUGGCUAACAGUCUGCUCACUAUCAUUGACGACAUUCUGGACAUUUCCAAGAUCGAGGCGAAUCGCAUGGCAAUUGAAGCUAUUCCCUACACCAUCAGAGGAACGGUCUUCAACGCACUGAAGUCUCUGGCGGUCAAGGCGAACGAGAAAUCCCUUUGUCUGGCCUUUGACGUGGAUAAUUCGGUCCCCGAUUACGUCGUCGGAGAUCCCUUCCGGCUUCGACAGAUCAUUCUCAAUCUCGUCGGCAAUGCCAUCAAGUUCACUGAUCAGGGCGAAGUUAAGGUCACGAUCAAGAAAUCCAAAGAUUUGAUUUCGAACUGCGCCAUUGACGAGUUUCCCUUCGAGUUUGUGGUUUCUGAUACUGGCAUUGGUAUCCAGUCCGACAAACUCGACCUCAUUUUCGACACCUUCCAGCAAGCCGAUGGCUCGACUACCCGGAAGUUCGGAGGCACCGGUCUGGGACUUUCGAUCUCCAAGCGUCUGGUAAACCUCAUGGGUGGCCAGGUAUGGGUCACCUCCGAUUUUGGUCAUGGCAGUGAAUUCCACUUCUCCUGCAUUGUAAAAUUUGCCACCGAGGAUAUCAGUGUCAUCAGCUCUCAGCUGUAUCCCUUCCGCAAGCAGAAGGUUCUUGUUGUGGACAAAGGGAUUUCGCCUUUCUUCGAGCGCGUUCCCGGGAUGAUUGAGGAGCUUGGUCUACAGGUUCGUGUGGUUGACAACGAGAUAGACAUCCCUGAUGCUGUCUACGACGGCAGGGGUGUCAAGCCGACAGAUGGUGGAUACGAUGUGAUUGUCAUCGACCAGCUUGAUACAGCGCAUAAACUACGGGAGAUCGACAAGUUCAAGUACAUCCCAAUUGUUCUCCUGAACGCGACCGUGUCGAUUAAUUUGAAGACGGUCCUUGACUUGGGCAUCGCUUCAUAUAUGACGACGCCAUGUCAGCUCAUCGACCUGGGCAACUGCAUGAUUCCGGCUCUCGAAGGCCGGUCCACCCCGAUCAUCAAGGACUACAAAAAAUCGUUGAACGUAUUGCUGGCAGAAGACAACGAGGUCAAUCAAAAGGUGGCAAUCAAGAUUUUGGAGAAAUACAAUCAUGUCGUCACGGUCGUUGGCAACGGUCUAGAAGCCGUCAAUGCCAUCAAGGCGGAUCGCUUCGACGUGGUGCUGAUGGACGUGCAGAUGCCGGUGAUGGGUGGCUUCGAAGCGACACGAGAGAUCCGGCAGUACGAAAAGGAAAUGGGACUCCCCAGGACACCGAUUGUCGCGCUCACGGCUCACGCCAUGUUGGGUGACCGUGAAAAAUGCAUUCAAGCCCAAAUGGAUGAAUACCUCUCUAAACCGCUCAAACAGAACCUGCUCAUGCAGACGAUUCUGCGUGUUGCAUCCGAUGGCGUGACGGCCAUGUUUAAUAAACAUGCUCGGACCAAGUCGAAAGCCUCAGGAAACGGCGGCCGGGAGAGGAGGCAGCAGGAGACAUCGCCGGGCCAGGACGAGGUAUCUUCGAUGUCGUCCCUGAGACCUCCUUUUGGGGAGAGAUCGAUCACGACAUCGGGCCCCGUGACCUCUGGUAGCGCGGAGAGCCCGCCGGUAGUCAAAGACGGGGAUCCAGACCCAAUGUCGGCUGUCAGCACUGUACGUUCGAUGUCCUGGACUGGGUAG